GCCUUCGAAAGUUUUUAGACCGAAAAUACCAAGAGGCUAAAAGAACAACAAGAGCUUCUUUUAGUAGCCCUGCUCUGGUGGAAAACAAGAGCUGUAAUCAUCAAGUAGAGCAGCAACUGCAUGCUGUGCCAGGAGAUGUAGAAGCACAUGAUCAAGAAGUGCUACAACAACCUCCGCAAUCUCCUGUAGUCAUUUCUGCCGAUCCAUUGAGGCCAGGAGUAGACCUAGACUCACCUGAAGCACGCGAAGGAAAAGAAAGAGGAGCGGCGUUGGAGGAAGGAGAGCAAAAGGGUCUAGUCCUAGCACCCCCGGGCGAAGCGAUGGAAUCUGUCACGACCACAGAACCAGAAAAACAAGAAGUGCUACAAGGGC